AUGAAUCCAGGCCAACUUGUACCAACCAUAAUUUCUGAGUUCCUUGAAAGCAUCUCAACGAUUAGAGAUCUGUCUUUGAAAUCGUCAAAGCUUAAUGAUUUUAUCCUCAAACUAGAGGAUGAAAUCGAAAAGAUCAUUCCUGCUAACCAAGAUCUUUCUAUCGAGAAAUUGAAGGAGCAGAUAUUGGUGUGCGAAAUUCCAGGUUUGUUCCUGGUAGAGGGUAAUUCUGGGGGAGUAGAAGGGGAAGAUAUGGAAGGCCGCGGGAAUCUGGAGAAGGAAUCAACAAAGAUAAAUGAAAAUGAAGUUGGUGAUGGUGGCAGCAUUCCGAUCAAAAAGCCUAGAGUAACUUUUAGGGAAUUUCCGCCAUUUACCGGAAAAGCUAUUAUGCCGAGGAGUGGAGAAAAUGGAGGAGCUUCUUCAAGCGGUGGUUUCGUUGGGGAAGGUAGUAAUAAAGGAAAAGCGGUACUUGAUGAGAGCUUAACGAAGAGGCCGAGGAAGAAACAGAGGCGUAGUUGGUCAAAGGAAAUGCGUAUGAAGUUUGGGAAGGCAGUUAAGGAUCUUGGAGGAGCACAAUAUGCCACUCCGAAGAAUAUUAUAAAGGAAAUGAAGGUGGAUGGUCUAACUGGUGAUGAAGUGAAAAGUCAUUUGCAGAAGUACAGAACAAAUGUUGGUAAUUAUUCAAGUAAGAAGAAGUCGGGUCGUAAAGGCUGUAACUAUGACUUUAUAUUUAAGGUGCACAGGGUCUUACCGUCUAGCCGUUGGUACUCUACAUCUUCACGGAGAAUUCAAUUUCAGCGGGUCCAUAUCAGAGUCAGCGGGGCAAUCGUUACACCAUUCGUGCAUGUUGCUACUUAUGCGACAGGAAAUUUUGCUACCUAA